GGCAUGAGGAAUAUUAAUAUUAAUAGAUUGUGGCCAUGAUGAUGUAGUGUACCGUACUCGGUCCUUUUUGAUUACUCACAGUUGUAGCUAUUGCACCGGAACCAUGUCAUUGUGUAUAGACAGUAUAGUACUUUGAGUGUACAGAUGGGCCAUUCCAAGCCUGCUAAGAAACGAGUUUUGAAAUGCUGAGUGCUGAGCUGAGGGCCGAGGCCAACAGUAAAUGCUUAGCUUCUGAAUCCCACACUACGAACUUCGUCACAGCACCGCGCGGCCGCAGUAGUGCUAGUGCUUACAUCACGCCGAUCGACCGACUUCAAAAGCUUGGUCAACACGGUGUACUUAUAGCUUUACUCCGUACUCCCACCGCUAAGUAAUAUGAAGUCAAAGAUUUCGCUCCUCCUGCUCUCUUUUAGCGGAAUUGCACUUUCCAAUCCUGUCAAACAAGCCUUCUAUGAUACAGGAAGCAACCGCCAGGUUGUUGUGCAAGGCCAGGUGUUUGACGUGCCCUCUAGUCCUCAACCCGGUUUCAAUUUGGACUUGAAUGAACUCCGGCUGGUUCAGUUAUCGGAAGGUCAGGAACCGGUAUGGAUGACCGAACUCGAGAAGAUCGAGGCUAAAGGCAAGGGGCUUCGUUUCUUUGACGUGACAGAGAACCUUAGCCUCGGUUCGACUGCUCACUUGCGCAUUGCGACGAAGACUUCAUACCCACCGCUAAGCGCACAUGAACAAGUCACCAAAGUCAUCAAGACUCUUUCUACUGAAGGACCCAGGGCAAACUUGGUGAAGUUCUCGAGCUUUAGAACAAGGUACUAUCGCAGUCAGACAGGAAAGGAGAGUCAGCAAUGGCUACUGUCAAAGAUCAAUGAAGUUACGUUGGAUUUUGCGUCGCCUUCAUUGAAGUCUAUGAUCAGUAUCAACGAGUUCCAUCAUUCUUGGGGACAACAUUCGAUUAUUGUCAGAAUCAACGGUUCCGAUGCAGUGGACGAUCGGAUUGUCAUCCUUGGUGCUCACCAAGACAGCACGAACAUGUGGCCAUUCCUUGCUGCCCCUGGUGCUGAUGAUGAUGGAUCUGGGAGUGUAACCAUACUCGAGUCAUACCGUGCACUUUUGGAAAAUGAUUUCCACCCAAUCCGACCUGUUGAGUUCCACUGGUAUUCUGCUGAAGAGGGUGGUCUUCUUGGUUCACAGGCUGUCGCUCAGCACUAUGAAGCUCAGGGUUUGAAGGUUUUCGCUAUGAGUCAGUAUGACAUGACAGCAUGGGUAAAGAGAGGUACGCCAGAGGAAGUUGGUGUAAUUGUGGACUAUGUGGACCCAACCUUGACGACCUUCAAUAAGGAACUGAUUACUGAAUAUCUGGAUAUACCAUUUGUUGAAACCAAAUGUGGAUAUGCUUGUUCCGACCAUGCCCCUUGGAGCAAAGCGGGAUAUCCUAGCAUCUUUACUAUUGAGGGGGCAUUCGAGAAUUCAAACCACAAUAACAUUCAUACCGCCAACGACAGGAUUGAUAUCUCGGAUGAAUUUAGCUUUUCGCACAUGCUGGAGUUUUCUAAAUUGGCUGUGGCUUUUGCCAUCGAGCUUGGAGGUUCACUUUGAAUGAUUUUUAUAUCUACUUGUCUUAGACCACGCAGCAACGUUGGUAGACUUGUAGUUGACUUGUAGGUGGGCGUUUCCGGCGUCAUGACGUACGUGAUGACCAUUAUGAGCCACCUGCGUCAGA